AUGGGAGGUGUGUGCGGACAUAAUCACAAUCAUCAUAAUUAAUUUGCAAAAUCCCCUGGAGGACUUCAUAGAACUGGAUGUUCAUUUAUCAAUCCUGAGCCAAUGAAGUUUAAUAUUAUAUUCGAAAAUCUUCGUCUCCAAUACCCGACUAAGUCUUGUCAUCUGAGCAUCAAAUUAGCAGGAGAAAUUCUAUUGGAAACACCAAACCAUAUAGAUUUAGAUGGUAAACAUGCUUGGAAGAAAAUUGUUGAAACAUAAAUUAAAGCCAAUAUUGUUGAGCUACAUGAGAAGAAACUAGAAUUUUAUCUAUUUGAAGAAAAGAAUGUAAUUGCAACUUUGGAGAUUCCCGUUUUUGAUAUCAUUAGCGGUCCUAUUCAUUUUGAUUAUUCCAUCGGCAAAGGCAGGCUAUCCUUCGAUAUGCAAAUGGCCUAGAUACUUUAAAUAGAUAUUAACCCUAUUGAAAUAGAUUGCAGUUAUGUUGAGAGCAUAAAAGACAAAGCCUACGUCUUUAAUUUGAGAUUGGUAACAAGGAAAAUGUACUUUACAUCCCCAAAUUCUGAAAGUUUUUAUAAUCCUGCUUAUUUGAGAGGGUUUAAUUCAUCUCUUAACAAUUUUCUCUAAGAGAUGAUGUUCAGGACUACUUGGAAUAGUUCAUCUGAAUUGCCCAUUUUUGGUUUUGAGUUGCCAUCAAAUGAAUUGUAUAAUAGUGCAUUGUAAGUUUGCAUUUGGAGUAUCAAUAAAGCAAAUGAAUUCUAAUCUCCUGGAAUUUGUUCAAUUAAAUCACUAAAAGAAAAAUAUGAAAAAGAAGUCUUUAUUGAUUAGAAUCUCUUUGCGGAGACCUUUAUUGCCUUGCAUAAACUAAUUUAAGAAGAUGAUGAAGAAGACUUCCAAAUGUAUCAGUAAUUCAAAACUACCGUUACUAAAAGUUUAUGGUGUAAAGGCAAUAAAGUAGGUACAAUACAGUGUAAGUUUAACGUAAAACUUCCCAGGUUUCUUAAAUAAAAAUUAGUAGGUAUCAGAACCGAGAAUGGUUGCACAUUAGGUGUUAAUAUUUGUAGUUCUAAGUCAGUUGCUUAGAUUGCAGAGAUUACUACUAUCUUUUAAAAGUUGUAUGAAUCUAUGUUUAAGAUGCAAUCGUUAAGUCAUAAUGAUCCUAAUAGAGCAAUACUCUAACAUCAGGCCUUGACUAUAAGCUAACAACUAUUAGUUGAAGUUUAAAAAGCUGACAAAGAUACCAAUUCCAAAUUAUUCUACUAUAAAAACUAGGAGGAUUUAUUUAAAGCUUAGGAAUAUUUUAUUAAGAUAGCAGAACAGAUAACAAAAUAUAUAGAUAAAUUGGAUGAUAAUCUAAGGGAGGUUUGCUAUGAAAUCUUAUUGGUAUUAAUUGACAGAGGAGAAUUUCGAUUGCAUUCUUUAGGAUAUUUUGAGGAAUGUAAGUAGUUGUCCAAAAAGCAAUUGGAACUAAAAAACUCAGUGAAUCUUCAUUAUUCGGAAUUUAUGCUCCAAACAUUAAAUUGGGUUCUUCUUAAGGUUCCAUUAAAAACACAAUAGUAAAAUGAGAGAAAAUUCAUGAUGAGAUUCCUGGUGUUGGCAUUUAUAAGAAUCUAUAACUUUAAGGAUUAAUUAUUGAAAUGCAUCAAUAAACCUAAUGACCCUUAAUUAGUGGAAUGGAGAGGGAAUGAAUUUUAAUUAGAAGAAUAAGAUGUUUUUAUAAAUGAAUAAGUAGCUAUGAUAUUUGAUUGGCAGACGUACUUUUAUAACUAUCUCUCUUAAAACCAAUAAUACUAAUUAAAUUAAACCAUGUAAGAUGAGUAAUGGAAGUCAACCUUCUAGAAGAGGAGUUUAAUUUAUCAAUACUUUAUUAUGGAUUUCUGUACUUACAUAUAAUACAUUCUGUAGAAGAAUAAUAUACAAUGGCAACAUGUGCCUGGAUAUAAACAAUUAUUGAAAUCUUUUCUUUGUGAGUUGAAAUUAAAAGAAUCAUAUACUACAUCAUUUUUUGAUUGUGUGAUGGCAAUUUCGAGAAAUACGAAUAUCAUCAACAUUAUUGUAAUGAUAUUAUUCAAUAAAACUAAUUUGUAUUAAUCUGAUUAGGUCAUAUAGGUUUUCGAUUUAUUGAGUUUAAUAAUAAAUUAAUGCCCUUAAACAUUAACAGUUUUUGAUUACCCAUUCUUUUUAAAUGGGAUUAGAAUUGUAUUAACAUAAUCAGAACAUGCUAUAGCAAUAGCAACAGUUUUGGAGUUGAUUUACACCAAUUUUUUGAAAUUCCCGAUAGAGUUCAGAAAGGCAGUGAUCGACUUAUUAUUUGAGCCAAUAUGUUUUGAACUGUUUCUCCAUUGGUCAAAGACUGUGAGGACAGUGUUUAUGAGUUUUCUACUCUAUCGGAUAUGCCAUCAAUAUCGAAAUAACAAGAUUUCAGUAAUGGAUGAGGAACUGUUUGAGUAGUAGUAUUUGAUAGCCUCGAAGCCAAGGAAGAAUUUUAGUUUUUACGAGAAUAGAAAGGAGGAGAAAUAGUUAAUUGCAGAUUACAUUUACUUGAAAUACACAAGAUUUAUGAUGAACAUAGAAUAGGUCAAGAUUCAAUUGAAGUAGUUUCCAGUCCAUAGAGAUUUGACUGGUCUAGAGAGUUUGAAGGAGAAGCUGGCUCAGAAGAAUCAGUAUCAUUAGGAGAGUCAGAAUAUUAUUAUAUAGGAGUAGAGAUAAGAUGAUAAGGAGGAGAUUCCAUCUGAGAAGUAGAUAAUUUUUGAGAGAAGGAACGAAUAUAGAAAUCCUACUAAAAAGAGAACCAUCAUCUUGUCAGACAAUAAAUAUAAAUAUUUAAAAGUAGCUUUAAAUGAGUUCUCUGAUUUGACUAAACAAUACACAGUAGAUGGAGAUAUUAAUCUAUGA